GAGUAGCUGGGGAGACUUCCGGGUUGGAUUCCUUUGAGGUACGCUGGGUGUGUGCUGAUGAGGCUGAGUACUGUUUGACUUCCUCCAUAAAGCCACCGACGUGUAGGUUUUAUAUGCAUCGUUACUGGCGGUGUUGUGUUGUGCUGUGCCCGUUCGUUACAAAUCUAUAUUCCUCCCGGCGAAGCUUAAGGGUGGAAAAAGGGAAUCCGUGGCCCGCUGCAACCACAACAUAUAUAUUUACAACCAGCCCAUCAGUUUUGGUGAACGCUUCUUGGAGUUAUUUUUUUUAAUUGAAUAGAAUCCUUCUGGUUGAAAAGGGACAUAUAACCUCGGAUUGGCCGGAUAGUUUGACUGUUUUAUGUGGCUGCCCCCUUUUUGCCGUCUCGUUGUUGCCUUUCUCUUUCAAUCGUGUGUCGACUUCUGCACUCCGUCGGCAUACAUAUACAUAUACAUAUACAUGUGCAUGCCAGUUCCAGACAGGCAAAUCAUAAUCACCCGGCAAGCAAGCAAUCCUUGCGGUCAAAGAACAAAGCGAUUUGUUGCUGUUGUCAGCAUACCAUCGAGAAAGAACACAUUCACUCUCCAUUUACGACCGGCUGCCCCCUCGCCCUCCAUCAACCUUCCACUUUGAUCGAUUCCGCCAAUUCCAUCUUCUCGUCAACCAACAACCCGUCCCACAAACCAUCACCCACCAUCACCCACCAUCACCCACCACCGUCCGCUGCCGUCCGCCGCCACCCAACCUUGCUCUCUUUACUCUCCUUGACUUCUCUGCCACCCACGUCCCCCAGAUAUCCAAGGUGCUGCUCUGCAUCCAGUCUUUCAAUUCACGGAAUUCGUUGUUCGCAUCCCCAUCUUAUCUACCGCAAGAUCCAUUUUAUUUAUCACGUACACCAGUGCACACAAACUCCCACACUCCACUCGCUCACCCACUAGUCCUCGCCCACUAGUCCUCAAUAAUUAUCCAUACCGACCUACAAUAUUACGAUUUGGCUCAAUAGGACGAUUCUUUUUUAAUAUCCCGUUCCUGCAGAUUUCAUGUCAUCCGUACACUUUGGACCAGAAAUCCUUCCGACCAGGUCAAAGAAUCUCAUUCGACUCAGCCCCAAGUCGCUAGGGAACUAGCGACCACUCAACAGGUUGGCUGACACCGGCGACUGGACAUCCAUCGCAUUUUAGAUACGAUUACGAUACCGUUUCAUUCCUCCUUCGUCCUUCGCUUUCCACGACUUUUACUUCUUUGAGAAGUUUUUCUUAAAAGCACCACCCUUCGUAGACCUUAUGAGUUCUAUGAACGCCCGCUUCAAAAGCCUUGGGUUCGGUUCCAAACGUAAAUCAAGUGCAAACAAUAUCUCAACCUCUGUCCCGCAGAACCCCACUUCCACUUCCUCGUCACCACAACUCGCGCAAUCACCCGGACAGCCUGCCCCUACUACACAAACUGCUUCCUCUUCCACGGCAAGCUUACCUAUGAAUCAUCAGGGAGGUGCUGGCGUAAGACCGCCCAGCUACUCGAAUCAAUAUACACCUGUUGGACGCACGACGUCUCCCAUGGCUCAAGGUACUCCACGAACCCCUCCUACACAGAUGAUGGGCGGGCCACCACCGAUUAACACAGCUGCCACCGGCGGCUAUCCUCCACAACAAGGAGGUAUGGGAGGACCUCCUCCUCCAUCUGGGCCACCCCAAUACAAUCACCCUCCUCAGUAUGGUGCUGGAGGAGCACCGAUGCAAGCUGCCGGCCCUCAAUAUGGAGCAAGGAAUAAUGCGGUAGAGGUUGAAGGCGCUGGUAAGAGUAAGGCACAGCUCAUCGUCGGAAUCGAUUUUGGUACGACUUUCUCAGGUGUGGCCUUCGCUUUUGCGACCAACACCGAGGCCAAAGAAGACAUUAUCACUGAAUGGCCUGGAGCAGGAUCAUACACAAAGCAGAAGAUUCCCACCGUUCUGUACUAUGAUCAAUACCAGAAAGUCGUUGGAUGGGGUCCUGACAUUGCAGAUGCUUUGGCACCAACUGGUUACCCAAAGCCAGGUGUACAAAAAGUAGAAUGGUUCAAGCUUCAAUUGAUGCUUUCCGGAAACACAUAUAUCGAUCCCAUUAACCUUCCUCCCCUUCCACCAGGAAAGUCUGAGAUCGACGUCGCAGCAGAUUACCUCUUUAAACUUCGACAGGCAAUGAGAAAUCAAUUACAAAAAACUUUAGGAGAGGUAUUCAAUCGGGAAGAAAGAAACAUUCGAUACUAUCUUACAGUCCCCGCCAUUUGGAAUGAUGCCGGAAAAGCUGCAACCCGAGCUGCUGCCAUUCAGGCUGGAUUCUUGAGGGAUGAGAACGACAAUCGAUUGACACUGAUUACAGAGCCCGAAGCUGCUGCUUUGUUUUGCUCAAAGGCUGGUCUCUUGAACCUCAAGAUUCAUGAUGCUGUACUCAUUGUUGAUUGUGGUGGUGGAACUGUCGAUUUGAUUGCAUAUGAGGUUGAGGAAGAGUCACCAUUCACGGUUUCCGAGUGCACGGCAGGAUCUGGUGAUUCUUGCGGGUCUACUGCAUUGAAUCGAAACUUUAGUAAUAUCUUGCGAACCAAGAUCCGAAAGAUGAAGUUGCCCGAAGGUUCGAAGACAGCUGGAAGAGUGUAUGCAAAGUGUAUUAUGGAUUUUGAGAACAGAAUCAAGGCAGAUUUCAGGAAUAACAAUCAGAAAUGGGCAGUGGACGUGGGCAUUGAAGCAGAGUUCCCCGAGGCAGGAAUCGAAGAGGGAUAUAUGACUUUCACCAACGAAGAGAUUCUACAGUGUUUCGAGCCAGUCGUCAAUCGAAUUCUGGAAUUGGUUCGCAACCAAAUCAUUGCUAUCCAAGCACAAAACCGAACACUUCAAAAUGUCUUGGUUGUUGGUGGUUUUGGUGCAUCUGAGUAUCUUUUCCAACAGAUCAAACUUCAUGUACCACCCCAGUUCCAAGCUAAGGUAGUGCGUCCUAUGGAUUCCGUAGCUGCUAUUGUUAAGGGUGCCGUUACUGCUGGUAUCACCGAAAGAGUCAUUACAUCCCGUGUAGCUCGUCGUCAUUACCUCAUGGCAACUCUGCAACCUUUCAAGGAAGGACAUCAUCCAGAAGCUUACCGUGUUCCAUCCUUGGAUGGUAAGGAUCGUUGCAAGUUUACUCGUCAAAUUUUUGUACAGAAGGGACAAAGAGUCAAGAUUGGUGAGCCAGUCAAGGUAUCAUUCUUUAGACAGGUUGCACCGGGAGCAACUUUGAUGUAUGAGGAUAUCUUGUAUGCUUGUGACGAUGAUGUUUGCCCCGAAUAUACAAAAGAUCCACGUGUCAAGGAAGUUGUUACUCUUACAUCGGAUCUCUCUCGCAAGAAUCUUGAAAAGGAUUUUGAGAGAAUGGAUACCCCGCAAGGCACAUUCUAUCGAGUGUACUUUGAUAUCUACCUCACGCUUGAUGGGUCCGAAUUCAAUGCAGAACUUGUUUGCCAAGGUGAAGUCAUGGGUCGUUGCACUUCUAGAUUCAGAUAAUCUUUCCUCUCCACCAACUAUAAAAAAAAAUAAUAAGGAUUGGAUUCGACGAAUUUCUUUUUUUUACUACUUAGCGUUGUUCGAUAUCAGCUUACUUACAGUAGCAUCACAAUUUGCGAUGCACGGCGCUGGAGUGUAAGGAAGCAAUUUAAGAUUUGAUAGCAGGAAGCCUUUCUGCAAUGAUUUUCAUGACGAACUAGGAGAUUGUUGAGCAAAGAAGAAGUGACUGCCUGGGUCGAUUGACGAGGAGUGAUCAGAUCUAAAACUGGUGGUGUGAUGUGCAUGAUGGAUGGAUGAAAAAUAAGUCGUUUGGAUCAGAUCGAGUUAUUUCUUCUAGCACAUUGAUGAAAGGAUGGAUGAUUUUUUGCAUCUCAAUGAUAGGAACGAAUGGGUCCAUAGUUUAGACAGUUGAUACGAUACCUAUUUGCUCAUUUUGGCCUGUAGUUGGUGAAAAUUACACGACUAUUGAAAGAUUUAGAUUUAGAUUUAGAAAUUGCAAAUGUGAUUGGAGUGAUGUGAUGAUGGAUGCACGUAUGUAUGUAUGUAUAAUGAAUUCAGUAUAUAGGUUUCUGUCAAAUCAAAUCCAUCGCAAUGGAACUAUACA